AUGGCGGUCGACUCGCAAGAAGCCAUCCGCCUGGCGUUCCUUCUCGAGCCAGGCCACAGCGUCAGCAGUACGAAUGGUUUCGAUUAUCUUGGCACGCGACGGUUUCUCCUGAAGGCUAAAGCUCAAGACGCGACCCUCCAGCGACACCACUGGCAGCACGUGUCAGGAGUGGGCUACGCCGAUUUCCGCGCCUUCCUGCGCGCUCAGCGGGACACGUGGCGGCAGGAGCGCGAGGCAAGCAGGGAGGAGGAGAGGCGCGCAGCACCCGCAGCGCCCCAUGCUGACGUGGCACCUUCUCUCACACUUCCCUCACCCGCAUCGCCUCAUGCUGACGCGCACGGCGAGAGAGAGGUUGUGCGGGAAGUGGAGAAGGUUCGGAUGGACGGGAUGACAGUAGUUGAUGGCCGUGGGGAAGAAGAAGAAGGGUCGGAAGAACGUCUAACGAAUCCUGCCUGCGAGGCUAUUGCGGCAGGACAGAGCACCGUUGCUGCUGAUUCGAGUGCUGGUGCUGGUGCUGAUGCUGAUGCCAAUAAUAUUUCCGAGAGCACUGAAGCGUCUCCUCCUUUCACGAGCAGCAGGGUUGACUCUAUAGCUGCCGCUGUAGCAGCAGCCCUGGGAAAGUCAGAACCGCCUGUUACUGCGUCUUCUGAAGCUGCUCCCACUGCUGAAGGGCCCGAGGUGGAUGUUACUGCUACUUCUACACGUGCUGCUGCUGAUGCGGCUGUUUCUAAGCGUGAUGGUUUUGAAUCUGCUGGUUCUGGGCGUAUUGGUUCCACAGGCAGGGAGAAGCUUGAGGAUGGUGCAGAGGGUGUAGAGGGUGCAGAGGGUGAAGAGCACAGGGAGAGUGGAAUAGAGGAGGAGGUGGCAAUAAGGGUUAGCGCAGCCAGUGGCGCAGGUGCGGGUGUGUCUUCUAACGCGGAUAGGGACGGGGAGAGAGGGGGUGAGGGAGGCGGGAGUGAAGUAGCAGCAUCAGCAGCCUCAGCAGAAGCAGCGUCAGCAUAUCAAGGUGACGUCUCAAGGUCAACAUUUGCAGCAGUGGCUGAGUCAGACAGCAAGCAGCAGGAUAAAGACGGCAAGCAGGAGCACAACAAGGAGCAGGAUAGCAAGCACAAGGACGGCAAGCAGCCGCCGUCCCCUCCAUCCCUCCCUGCUGGCUUCACCUCUUCCAUUUGCAGCGUUCCCCCAGAAGCUUCUAGAAACGUUCUCCCUCCUACCCCUCCUCGCCCUGGUCCUGCCAAGGCAGCAGCGGCAGCAGGGGAAGCGGAGGGGAGGAAGGGGGCGAGGAGAGGGAGCGAAGGAGCAGGGAGCGAGGGGGGUGCGGGGAAGGCGCUGGAGACGAGGAAAUGGGCAGGGGAGGCGGUCGCAGGGAGGGGGAGUGGGGAGGUGGGGCCACCAGUGCGCAUGUGUGCUGUCUUCGAUGACUGCCUCGCCUCAGUGAACAAGGUGCAGUUCGCCCGGCACCACCCUGACCUGCUCGCCUACGGGGCAGCGGACGGCACGCUUCGCCUGUGCCACGUGCCGUGCAGCCGGUUGGGGAGUAAGGCAGGUGGCGCAGGGGGGAAGAGGGGCGCCGUGAGUGUGGCACGGGUGAAGCACGAGCUCAAGGGUCACACCAAGGAGGUCACAGACUUUGAUUGGUCCACGGAUGACGACUACCUGUGCUCGUCGUCCGCAGACAAGAGUGUGCGCGUGUGGGACGUGGGGUCGGGGCUGUGCCUGCGCAUCUCAUAUACCAUAGAAUCGACCCGCCUCUUUCCCAUCCGACUCCCAUGCUCCCAUCGCCUCCCAUCACCUCCCACCUAUCUAUCCUUCCAAUCCCACGUGGCAGACUUUGAUUGGUCCACGGAUGACGACUACCUGUGCUCGUCGUCGGCGGACAAGAGUGUGUGCGUGUGGGACGUGGGGUCGGGGCUGUGCCUGCGCAUCAUAUACACUGUCAUUCCGCAGACCUGCAUCAUCUUCCAUCCGCAAAACAACAAUUUCCUGGUCGUAGCAAACAGCAAGCGGGAGCUGACAGUGAUGAACUUCAGCACGGGGCGAGUGGUGAGCCGCGUGGCCAUGGACAGCAACGUCACUGCACUCGUGGCCGACCGAACCACCUCCGCCUCCUCUGCAGCAGCAGGCUCUACCACCAGUAGCACCAGCAGCAGCAGUGGCAGCAGUGGAGGAGGAGGAGCAGGCAAGGCAGCUGCAGCAGGAGCGGCGGGGGCGGGGAGUGGUGGGUUUGGAGGGGGAGCAGGGGAGGCGGACAGUGUGGUGUUUGUGGGCGACAGUGAGGGCGCCAUUCACAGCUUCACAGUGGACAAGCAGUCGGGCGCUCUGCAGCGCCGCCACAAGACCGUUGCGGGGGUCGUGCACCCGGCACCAGUUGCAUCGCUGCACUUCAGCCCGACGUCAGUGUUGGCGAAUGGACCGGUCCUCCUGGCGUGCAGCAAGGACGGCUGCGUGCGAUUCUACACCACCGCUCUGGAGCUCAACGGCUAUCUCUUCCUCAAGAUCUCGCUGCAGCUCUCCUCACGAGCCACCAACAUGAACGCCACCUUCUGCCCCCCGCUUGGGCCCUCGGGGUCGGGGGAGUACAUUGUGACGGGCAAUGCCGACCAUCACGUGUACUUUUACGACUUCAUGAAGCCGCGCAGUCCGCUCGUGGCCCGCGUUCCUGGUCACAAAGCAAUGGUGGUGGACGUGAGUUGGAACAACAGCAAUACUGUACUCGCCUCCUGUGACUGUGAUGGGGUGGUGGCGCUGUGGCAGCGGGUUUAG